UCCAUUCAAGCAUUCUUGUGGCUGCUAUUUAUAUACAUUGGAGUCAGACAUCGGUGGGGAAGAUAUGAAAUUAGCAGUUUGCUGCACUUGGAUCCUUUGCUGCCUUUCAGUGUGCACGGUGUCAGCCGGCACCGAGUCGGUUCUGGAAUCAUCAGUCAAGCCGGGAAUGAGCAAUGAGAGAUGGAAAGAGGCAAAACAGAGUCAACAUGAGUGUCUCAAUAUGUCCAACGAAGAGCGGCUGCAAAACGGAAGCGCGGGUACCUUCUGUGGAAAAAUGUGGGAUGGACUUCUCUGCUGGGAAGAAACACUACCGGGUGCAUUCAUAACACAGAAUUGUCCCCAUCGUGAUCCCGCUGGAAACGUGACGAAAUUUUGUGACGAAUGGGGUAAGUGGGUCCAAAUAGAGUCCACAUGCCAAGAAGCAACAAAGGACGCAAUCGAGGAUUUUUACAACGUUUUCAAAGAUGAACCCAUGAGGGAACAUAUCAGAACCCUUGGGAAAAAAUUAUUGGACAACAAAGAAAAAUGCCGGUUGAAAAUAAAACCUCGUAACAAAACAGGGUUGUUCUGCAGUCAUAUUUGGGAUGGUUGGCUUUGCUGGGACGACACCCCAGCGCAAACCUUUGCCACACAGGACUGUCCUGAUUAUUUUCCCUACUUUGAACCCUCAGGAAAGGCAAGUAAAUACUGCGGGGAGGACGGGGAGUGGUUCAGCCAUCCAGAGGGCGAGCGACUUUCGACCAACUACUCCCUCUGCACCAGCAACUACGAGAGGACAUCAAGGAAGCAGAAGUCACUUGAGAGUGAAUACAAAUGCCUUCUGAAAAUGAGCCAAGACCUCGCCUUUAAUGAAUCGGGGCUGCACUGCAGUCGGAACUGGGACGGCUGGCUGUGCUGGGACGAUACACCAGCAGGAACCUACGCCACCCAAAACUGUCCUGAAUACUUUUCGUAUGGGCAGCCCGUGGAAAAGGCCAGCAAGUACUGCGGCGAAGACGGCCAAUGGUACCGCCACCCAGAAACCAACAUCACGUGGACCAACUUCACGCUCUGCGCCCUCAACAUUCUGGAAAACCCGGAGGGGAUGAGUGCGCAACUCUCAGGGGAUACGGCGCAAAACUUCGCCGACGAGAGCACGGCGGACCCCCUGGCGAACCCCGAUGAGCAGGACCUCGGGAGGAAUAAAAUCCUUGACAGCCAGUAUAAAUGCUUUGAGAAAAUGAAGAGCGAUCCUCCUUAUAAUAAAUCAAGAGUGUACUGCAGUCGGAACUGGGACGGCUGGUUGUGCUGGGGAGAUACUCCGGCCGGCACUCACACCUCUCAAAACUGCCCCAAUUAUUUUGUUGACUUUGACCCUACAGAAAAGGCAACCAAGUAUUGCGGGGAGGACGGGCAGUGGUUUCGACACCCUGACACCAACAGGACCUGGUCUAACUACACACUCUGCAAUGAAAACACGAAAGCAAAGUUGAAGUCAGCGUACAUCCUGUUUUACAUGGCGAUUGUCGGUCACGCCUUAUCUAUAGCCUCCCUGCUCGUCUCUUUGGCCAUCUUCUUCUACUUCAGGAGUCUGAGCUGCCAAAGGAUCACACUCCACAAAAACCUAUUCUGCUCCUACGUGCUCAAUUCCGCCUUGACCAUCAUCUACCUGGUCGCUGUGGUCAACAACCCUGAAGUGGUGGACAGAAACCCCGAAGGCUGCAAACUGUUGCACUUCUUCCACAUGUACAUGCUGGGAUGCAAUUAUUUCUGGAUGCUCUGCGAAGGAAUCUACCUCCACACGCUCAUCGUGGUGGCCGUGUUCGCCGAGGAGCAGCACUUGCACUGGUACUACCUCCUGGGCUGGGGUUUUCCUCUCGUGCCCGCAUCCAUCCAUGCUGUGGCGAGAAAAACAUUUUUUGACGACAACUGUUGGAUGAGUGUGGAGACCCAUCUGCUGUAUGCAGUCCACGGUCCUAUAGUGGCAGCUCUCCUCGUGAAUCUCUUCUUCUUGCUCAACAUCAUCAGAGUCCUGGUCACCAAGCUGAGAGACACACAUCGCGCAGAGUCCAACAUGUACAUGAAGGCUGUGAGAGCCACGCUGAUCCUUGUGCCCCUUCUGGGAAUACAAUUUGUCAUUUUCCCCUGGAGGCCUGAGAACAGGCUGGCGGGGGAAGUCUACGAGUACAUCAUGCACAUACUCAUGCACUACCAGGGUUUGCUGGUGGCAACCAUAUUCUGCUUCUUCAAUGGAGAGGUGCAGGCGGCCCUGAAGAGACAGUGGAUGCAGUACAAAACCCAGUGGGGUCAGAGACGCAAGGACCACUGUUCGAUGCGCUCCACGUCGUACACGGCCACCUCCAUCACAGAGGUCCCUCCCUUCAUGUACCACCAGGAUGGCAACAGCGAACACUUGAACGGACGCCACAAAGACGACUCCAUACUGGUGGCGCUGAAAGUGGGCGAGAUCCCCUGAGAGGCACAGAGAAUCGCAACGCAGCGACAGUAUUAUGUUUGACCCCCACUACCACCCCACCAAAAAAAAAUCUACGUGGCCUGUACUGGAUCUCAGAGGCUAGUUUCUUCAGACGAAGAGACUGAAGGGAGACUGGGAAGGAGAGGGAGUCGCUUCCAUCACUUUAUAUUGCAGCUGCUUCGUGACAACGCCGAUGCCUGUGAGGCUUUGGACGUGUCACGGUGCCGGCCGUGAAACGGAAAUAACUGUGAUGGCGGUGCCGUCCUUCAGAGAGGGUGUGAUGUCGAUAUUGACGUUUUUGGUGACGAUCAUCAACGGCAAGAGAGGCACAAGCUUUUCUAUUCUCACCUACGAUACCAAAGGGUACAAGAUGUUGGUCAAAGACUAGAUGGGCCGUUCUGUGUCUGAAUGAGCACAGAUAUGGUACCCUAACACACACACAUACGGAGAUAGUGGGUAUAAAAAGUCUACACACCUCUAUUUCAAAGCCAAAGUAUUUCUGCUUUAAAAAAGCAAGAAAUCAUUUAAAAACGUAUUCCAUCAUCGUGACCUAUAUCCUGAACGACAAAAAAAAAAAAAAAAAAACCUCAGAGAGGAAACAGUUUUUGUAAAAGUCUGCACACCCUCAUUACUGGGAAUGCACCUGUGUUCGGAAUUAGCACAUCACAUUCAAAGCCAUGCUAAACAGGAGUCAGCAUGCACCUGGCGCAAUUUAAAGUUUCUCUGAUUAACCUGAAAUAAUUCAGAAGUUCUAGUAGGCUGUUCCUGACUACUUUCUUCUUCUUCUUUCAAGCUGAAGCCUGAAGGUUUUGUGCUCCCCUCGACAGGUAUUUUGAGGUGGUCAUAAUUAAAGCCCAAGUUACAGCCCGGGUGGGGGGGGGGGGGGGGGAAUGCUGCCACCAUCAUGCUUCACUGUAUGCACAAAACAUACAUUUUGGAAUUAUGGCCAAAAUGUUCAACCCUGCUUCCAUAACAAAAAUCACUCAAACAGAUGUGGGGAAAAUGUCUGCCAAAUAAAAACAUCAGAACCUUAUUUGGGGUGAAUCGCAGUCACCUUAACUGGUGGCGGAUGUGUGCCGACCAUUUAACUGAUAGAUAGCCACAUGCCCAGUUAUAAGAGGGUGUGCACACUUAUGUAACAUCCAUCCAUCCCUUUUCUGAGCUGCUUAUCCUCACGAGGGUCACGGGAGUGCUGGAGCCAAUCUCAGCUGUCAUCGGGCAGGAGGCUGGGUACACACUGAACUGGUUGCCAGCCAAAUCGCAGGGCAACUUAUGUAAGAUUUGAUAGAUAGAUAGAUAGAUAGAUAGAUAGAUAGA